AUGUCAAACAUCUCAAAUACUCUUUCACCCAUGAAUGAUGAGGAUCAAAAGUCUUAUGAAUCUAUAAUCGCCGAUACAAAAGCUUUUUGUAAAAGGUAUUCUCAUCAAAAUUCAAAUCCUCCAAAGGUUCAUGUCAAAAAGACAAAAACUCAAAAUGUGAAGAUUAAUCUUGAAAUUCAACAACUCAAGUCUGAAAAUGAACAACUCAAAUCUGAAAAUGAGGAGCUCAAAACUGAAAAUGUUCAUUUGAAGAUCAAAGUUUCUAACUUAACAGAUGAGUUGUCAAAAUGUCUCAUCGAGCUUGUGAACAACGAUUCUACUCUACAAAAGAAGACCAGUGAGAUGCAAUCUACAAUUUCUAAAUUGACAAAUGAGUUGCAAAGUUCACUUCAAAGGCUUGAUGAACACAUUUUGGAAAGUCAAAUGAAAGAAGUUGUCUUGCAACAAACAAUUUCGAAUCUUCAACAUGAGUUGCAAGAUAAGACAACUGUUUUAUUAAGCAAGGAGAGAAAAGUCUUCAAAGACUUCAACAAAGUUGAGAAGGAUGAUACUGAUAGUGAUGAUGGAUCAGUUUAUCAUGAUGCAAGUCCAAUACUUCCAACUGAACUUGAUGUUUCAAAGAAAGUUUCCACUGAGUCCAUCCCAAAGAGCUCCAAUGUUAAUGUUUCAUCAACCACUGCCCGAAAGAUGUCUCAGUUUAUCAAUUACUCAUUGGAGAAGAAUAAGAAGUAUUCAACAUCAUCUACAGUUGAUGGAUCAGUAUCUUCAGUCUCAUUCCUAUCUUUUGAAAACAAUACAGCUUUCAUCUUACAAGCCAAAGCUCAGUUGCCUAAGCUCACAUGGAAAUCAGUUUACAAACAAAAGUUAACUGAGAAAAAGACAAUCAAAUACUCAUUUUGGCAACUCUUCAAUCUUGCACCUAAAAAAAUUCAUAUGCCAAAAGUGAAUGUCUUAUCCUCUCCACUGCGUCCAUGA